UAUAUAAACCACCAUUCUGUCAUCUACCUGAACCCGCAAAGUCUCAAAAAGCCAAGUCUUUUUGGGAUCUUUGCUCAACGAGGUCGUCACCGCAACCUCACCCUCUCAUUCUGUAUGGACUGUGGAAGUACUGGGACCGCUGCGGGGAUCGACCCCAAAAUCUUGGACAAUUGGCAAACUGAGGGCACCUUUUCUGUCGCCUCAUGGGAACAUCUUGGGUAUGACCAACCACCCGAGUGGGACACCAGCCAGGAAUCGAGUCAGUGUGAUGCGGAUAUCGCGGACUUAGGCACCUUCCAUGGCCCAUUGGCUGGAGAAUUCCGUCGUCUGGAGAACAGAAAGCACGAUGUAGCACCCGAGAACUUGAACUACCCCGAUGGCCUCGUCGAGGGCACUGCCAGUGGCACUCUUAGCCCCAAGACCAUCCCAUCUUCCGCCGACGAAAAUUACCAUUCCGACGAGGCUUGGCCACACUUUCAACUGUACAACUCAGUGGCCAUGCCGAUGGAUGCAUCUCUACUCUACCCCUACGCGAAAGGACCGAAUCACUCGGAUGGGGCCGUCAUUGUCGAUGACGUUGGAGAGAUGCCUCACGGCGGUUUCUCCGAUGUCCCGGUAGAAGGCAUCAUGUCGUUCCAGCAGAUUCCGCAGUCCUUUCCCAUGAUCCCCGAGGAGUGGACUGAAAUUCAACAUGGCAUUCCCGUGGACAAUAUGCCACCACCGCAAGAGUCCAUGGGACUCUCAGUGGACGCACAGGAGAGCCCCAAGGAUCACUCCCUGCGGGGGUUCCAGAAUUCUAUCAGAUCGCUGGAAUCGCGAUGGCUGAAUAGUCUGGAAUCCCAACUGCCCACCCAGCAGAUCACGCCGGUCUCUCAACCCGCUGGCCCGCUAAACGCACAAAUCGGACAGGAGUUCCAAUUCAAAUCCGAAAACUCUUCCGUGUCGGGCGAUUUGUCGGGAAUAUACGAGUGCUCCUACUCCGCCACUAGCGACGAGGCCCCUGCAUUUGCGGAUCGUCAGUUGGAAGACGACGAUGUCCAGUGGAAGACCUCACCGCAUGAAUCCAGUUCACCUGAGGGGUCGCAGCCUGCGUUCAAGACCACUGCCUUCAUGGUGAGCGAGGCCCCUGUGGAGUCUCUAGUAUCCACUGUUCCUGCAAGAUCGAGGGCUUCGUCGACCGCUGGCCAGCGUGCCGGUCGACCGGCACCACUUGCCAUGCAGACCUCGGCUACAGUCAAGAAACGCAAGGCCAGAAACCCCGCUUCAAUGGAUCAGGGCAUCACAAGGCCCCUGCAAAUUGUCCAGGAGGAUGGCCAAGGCGGCUCCAUUGCGUCUGCGGACUUUGUCUCUCCCCACGUGGCGCCCGUCGAUACUUGUGUCCAGUGUCGACUAAACAAGCGCAAGUGCGACGGAAGCGCCCCUUGCGAUGCUUGUCGCCCCACACUCCACGAGCAACCAUGUGCUCGUGCAUGCUUCUCCAGCAUUGUCGAGUUUGGAACCUGCAACUACAUCUCUCAACGAGCUGUCAACCACCCUACGAUGGAUGGUUCCAAUCGAGUCCGGAUGGCGAUUCCAUCUGAAUUUGACCUCAGUCAACUCUUGUCUUUGCUCGCCGAGCGCCAGGGGCGGUUCAACAUUCGCGCUAGCCAAGCUUGGGGCUCUCUCUACGUCCUUGACCUGGGAGAGACCUACAAGUUCCUGAAGACCCUGAGUGAGUACAACGGCAACUCGAAGUCCACUUUCCUCGAGUUCAUCGACCGACGAAUUGUGGACUCGAAGGACAAGUCCAAGAACUGGCUGUCCUGCGUUGCGGACUGUGACCCAAUGAACCAAGCCUAUACCCUCCUCUCCCAGUGGAACAACAUGCCAAGUCGCGCCAAAUACAGCUUCGUGCCUCUCGACUCAACAGGCGAAGAACGAACAAUGGACAUCAACAGCCCAGAAGACCAACGCGAGAUCCUCCUCGCAGCUCAACUCUCCCGAAUCUUCUGCCGCAUGCUCGAAGUCGAAGGCUUCCGCAAGCUCGAGCGCGACUUCUACAACAUCAAGUGGAAGCAGAUAUCCCACGAGACGCAUGUCCGCUUCCUCGGCGAACUCGGCCACAUCCUGCUAACCCUGCGAUGGCGCGUGAGCUGGUGGAAGCGGCUCGGCGACGGCGGUCAGACCCCCGACCCCACACAGCAGCACUACGUCGACCGCGUCGAGCUCCUCUGCCGCAUUCUUUACGUCUACUACACCUGCGUGCUGGCGAAGCUGCCCUCCUGGUCGGCGGCGGAUGUCCCCAAGGGCAUCUGGUCGACAUAUGCGGACUCGGAGAAUGCCGUGUGGGAUGAUUUCCCUUCGGACUCCAGUGAUGGUGGCUUCAAUGGCUGGAUGGAGCGUGGCCAGGACCUGAUUGAGCAGGCUGGCGUUCCAAGCCGCAUCUCGAAGUUCUGAGAUCGGGAUGGCAGAUCUGAUCUGCGAAUAUGGUUUGGAUGGUAACGGCAUUGGAGUUAGAAUUAUAGAUAC